GCCCCAAGAAGGCCUUCUUUGCCUACACUUCUCUCUUCCUCUGCCAUUUCUCUCUUUACCUUCUCUCUCAAUCUCCCUCCAUUGCCUUGGAACAGACGAACCAGAAUCACAAGUUUCAAUGGCUACCCACCUCUUCUAAAAUCCUUCUCUUUCUCUUGAAGCCUUAAAGUUUUCAUCUUUCUUUCCUAUUUUUUCUCCAUACCCAGUUGAUGCUCUCUGCUUCUGUGACCUGAUCAAGCCUGGAAUACACAAACCAUUGCUAAAUUUGCAUUGUCAAUUAAUCUUCUGUGGUCAUUUUGCUACUGUUUCGCAGAUCUACCAGCAUUACCAACUUUUGUUUUUAUCUUUUCCAGUUAUUAUACAUACCUUUCUGGAAGAAGAAGAAAUGAGUAAAGAAGAGUUUAUGAAGAUUCAGACUUGUGUUCUGAAAGUGAACAUCCACUGUGAUGGUUGUAAGAGCAAAGUGAAGAAAAUCUUGCAGAAAAUUGAUGGGGUGUUCAAAACUACCAUCGAUGCAGAGCUUGGGAAGGUGACAGUUUCGGGGAAUGUAGACCAUAACCUUCUAAUAAAGAAGCUUCAGAAAGCAGGUAAACAUGCGGAGCUAUGGGGAGCUCAGAAGCCAAACAGCAAUAAUAACCAGUUGAAGAACAUGCAACUUGACAGUGGCAAAAAUGGCACGAAAGGCCAAAAGGGUGGUAAUAUUAACCCGCCCAAAGGCGGCGGCGGCAUUGGCGGUGGAGGUGGAGGUGGUGGAUGCGGUCAGCGGAACCAGCAGCAGCAGCAAGUUCAGCAAAUGAAAGGGUUUCAAGAUCUGAAGGGCCCGGCUUUUAAAGAGAUGAAGAUGCCUUUGAAGGACCAGAACCAGAAGAGUGUCAAGUUUAAUCUUCCUGGAGAUGAUGAUUUGAGUGAUUUUGAUGAUGAUGAUGCUGAGUUUGAGGAUUAUGAACUUGAAGAUGAGCUUGAUGAUGAAUUUGAUGAGCCUCUUCCUCCGAUGAACAAGCCGAUUAUGGGUAACGGCCGACAGGGUAUUCCUGAUAACAUUAUGAUGAUGAUGAUGAACGGGAAUAAUGGCGGUGGUGGUAGCCAAAAUGGUAAAAAAGGAGGCGGUGGCGGUGGAGGUGGGGGUGGGGGAAGUGUUCCUGUUCAGGUAAAUAUGGGUAACAGUGAGGGUAAAAAUGGAAAUGGCGGUAAGAAAGGUGGUGCUGCCGGCGGUGGCGGUGGCGGUGGCGGGAAUAAUCAGAACCAACGUGGCAAGAAUGGUAAAAACGGUGGUGGGUUCCCUCAAAAUGGAAAUAAUGGUGGAGGUGGGGCUAAUAAUAAUAAGAAUGGUAAUAAUGGAGCUGGUGGUGGUGGAAACGGUAACAUCAUGAAUGGAAAUGCGAGCAAAAAGGGACAUAACGGCGGCGGCGGCGGCGGUGGUGGAAUGAAUGAUGGGUUUCAGAACACGGGUGGGCCUGUCCCUCAAGGUGUGAUGCCUAACAUUAAGGUGGGUCAAAUGGGCAACAUGCCAAUGGGCCCAAUAGGCAACAUCCCAGCUGUUCAAGGCCUUCCCGCAGCUGCCAUAGCUGGUGGUGCUGGUGCAGGUGGUGGAGGUGGUGGUGGUGGUUACUUUCAGGGAGCCGGGCCGGAUCUUAUGCCCGGUAACCCUUAUCACCAACAGCAAUACAUGGCUGCUGUAAUGAAUCAACAACGUGCAAUGGGCAAUGAAAGGUCCCAGCCCAUGAUGUAUGCAAGGCCACCUCCGGCAGUCAAUUACGUGCCCCCACACCCUUACAACCCGUACCCGUACCCGUACCCAUAUCCAUCUUUUGUCCCGCAUCCGAACCAACCUCAGGACCCAUCUUAUACCCACUUCUUCAGUGAUGAAAACGCCUUAAGUUGCAAUAUCAUGUGAAGGAAUUUGCGGUUCUUUCAGAUUUUGGUUUCGGUCUUGCUCAUGUCAUAUUAUACAUGAAAAUGGGUUUUUCCAUUUUAGUUAUAAUUUUCUAUUUUUGAUCUUUUUUUCUUUUUACCCUAAGUUGAAUUAGGGAUUCUAAGUUAUGAUAGUUUUGAAAAAACUAAAAAUAAUGUAACAGUGUUGUGAGUUAAUCAUGUACAUUUUUCAAA